AUGCGGGAACUACAGAGGAAUCAAACUUCUAAGCCACACAAUGAAAUUAUGGGAAUGAGUGAUAAAGAGAAGAAUCAGACAAGAGACAGUGAUAAGAGAGAACCAAUUCAGUUUCAUGCUUGGAAGAUUUCUAAAACUAUCAGGGAAACGGUAUCGUGGUGCAUGUUAUUCGCUGACGAUAUCGUGUUGGUAGCAGAAACUAAAGAGGAAGUUAAAAAUGAAUUGGAAGAAUGGAGGGAAGUUUUAGAAAGUAAAGGGUUACGCAUAAGUCUUACGAAGGCUGAAUAUUUGCGAUGCGACUUUAGUGGGAUUCCGCCGAAUGGGGAACCAGAAGUGUCCACUGGUGAAGAAGUUGUUACAAGUACGGCCAAAUACAGGUAUUUGGGAUUGAUUUUUCAGAGUAGUGUAGAGAUUGUCGGAGAUGUUACGCAUCAAAUCCAAGCGGGUUGGCUCAAGUGGAGAGUAGCCAUUGAGGUGUUAUGUGAUAGAAAGUUUCCAAGUAGGUUAAAAGGUAAAUUUUACCGAAUGGCAAUCAGGCCUGCUUUGUUGUAUGGUACGGAAUGUUGGCCCGUAAAGAAGACUCUUGAACACAAGAUGAAAGUUACAGAAAUGCGCAUGUUGAGGUGGAUGUGCGGUCACACAUUGUUGGAUCAGAUAAGGAACCAAGAGUUUAGAAAGAAACUAGGGGUCGCCCCUAUCUCUGCAAAGAUAGGUUGA